GCAGCCCCCCGGAGAAGGAGAACAUACUGAAACCGCUUGACUUGUUGGACACCCUGCUUGACCACUGAGAGCUAUUUAAUAUUACUUAAUUAUGUAUUUGACUAAUCUUAAAAGCCACUCCUGUAUGAAGUUACGAAAUAAUAUUUUUCUAAUGCGAUUCAUGAACUUCAAAAGGGAGAACAAAGGUCUGGUUUACAUUUGAGCAGUGUCAAGGAUUGGCUUUUGGGGGCCUGUUUCUUUUCUCCCUCGUUUUUUUUUUGGGGGGGUUGUCCUGUAGCACUGACUGGCCUCAUUUGACUAUGUACCCCAAGUUUGUCUUGAACUUAGCAUUUUCCUCUUGCCUUCGUUUCCUGAAUGCUGAGAUUACAGCAAUGAGCCACCACUCUGGCCUGGGGUGCUUUUUUUCUCAGGUCGGGUAUUUUCCUGUUACCUUCUGUCUCACAAAAGAAGGACCUACUGCUUGGAAGAUGGGAAAAGAAGCCGUGGCCGAAGAGUUCUUUAUGGAUUCAACACUGUCACUUUGGACAUUUAUUCCCUGAGGGUGGGGAGCCAAACUCAGUGUUUGAUUUCAUAGGUUCCCCAGGGGAGAACUCUGAUAAAAAGCCACUGCAAUUGAGGACAUAAGUUCCCUUUUAUGCCACUGGAAUAAGGACAAAAAGUCAUUAAAUUAGGAAGUAAGGUUUAAUCAACUAGUAUUUUAAACUACAAGGGUAAGAGGUAAUGACUCUUGGAGUUCAGAGCUUUGAUUAAUGGCUGGAUAUGAAUAGUCUUGUAUGUCUGUUUUAAUUUUACUACCUUUAUAUUUCUUUGUUCAUGUUCUUUUGGGAAACUUUUGGUUUCUAUCUAACUAUAAAAUGGAAUAAAAAUUAACCUUACUUUUUGAGUCAUCAGUUGAAAACUGGGUGAAUAUCUUGUGUCUGUAAACAUUAAUUUUUAAUUGCUCAUUCAUGAUCUUCAGUUUAUUGAUUCUAGGUGAAGAACCUAAUAAAGUACUCCUUUUUCCAACUUAACCUCUAUAUUUUUGUCUUUCAGGAAGCAGAAAUGAUGUUAAACAAUUUCAGUUGUUUUUUUAAAGUAUUGAAGGAAUUGAGAAAUGUGAUUUCUUAUUAUUUAUAUUAUAGGACUUGAAGGGAAGAAAAGUGGAGACAGGCUCUGUAGGUUCCUGGUUCAAAUCAUUUUUAUUUUUCUGAGGUAGUGUCUGGCCUCCAAAGUGCUGUGCAAGUGAGAUUACUACACUCACUUUUUCAAAAAAGAGACAGAAUCUUGCUUUGUUCAUCUGGCUGGCCUUGAACUCCUCCUGUGCUUAAGUGCCUAGUCACUCUUGACCUGCUCAGUUAAUUAUAGCAUAGUUUCAUAACUAUAUUCACUUGAACAGGCUCUUGAGGUGACUUUUCUCUUCUAAAGGUACUAUUGCAGUAUAUUUUUAGGUGUCAUUUGAGAAAUUGCCUUAAAACUGCUGGUAUUAUAGACACUAACCACAUGUAGAGAUCUAAUUUGCUUAUUUUUUUAAUACUAGGGAUUGGGUGGUAGGGAUUACAGGUUUGUACCAUUGGGCCCAGCUUCAAUUUGUUAAGGUUAAAUAAAGUUUUAAACUUUCUUUUUCACUUAUACUAGCCUAACUUCAAGAAGGCAGACAGACCUCUGUGAGUUCAAGCCCUGCCUAGACUACAAAGUGAGUUCUAGGACAGCCAGAGAAACCCUGUCUUCAAACACAAAACAGAACAAACAAACAAACACUAGUUAUAAGGGUAAAGUACAGAGUUCUCAUAUUCCUGCUCACAAAUACCCUUUCACUUAUUUACAUGUUGCAGUAAUGUGUUACAAUUUGUUAAGUUGUUCAGACACCACAGAUACAUUAUUACCUACUAACCCCAUCAUGUUCAGGGUUCAGUACUGUUAUAUAAUGUAUGAAUUUUGACAAGUAUAUAAUAACAUGUGUCUAGGGUAGCCUGUGCUCUAACUAGUCAUCCUUCCCAACUGUUGACACCAACUGAUUCCCCCACCCCCACCCCCCCACCCCCCGGGGUUGAGGACCGAAUCCAGGGCCCCAGGGCCUUGCGUUUGCUAGGCAAGCGCUCUACCACUGAGCUAAAUCCCCAACCCCCCAACUGAUUUUUUUUAAACUUUGUUGAUAAUUAUUUGUGUGUGUCUGUCUGUCAGUGUCAGUCAUAAUACGUGUAUGGUGGUCAGAAGACAACAUUUACCAUAUGUGUCCCUAUAAAUCAAACUCAGGUUGGCAGCAAGUGCCUUUACCCUCUGAGCUAUUUUUGCCAGCCUGUGGUGUGUUGUUUUAUGGGAUAGUAUUUCACCAUAUAGCCCAGGCUGUCUUAAAGUUCUGAUUCUCACACCUUAGCCUCCUGAAUGCAGGGAUUACAGGCAUGUGCCAUCAUAUCAUGUCAACUUGCCACUGUGUGUAUGUGUUUAUUAGCAGACAGAGUCUCACUAUGUAGUUCAGAGUGUCUUCCAAACUGGUCAUUUAACUGUCUUCAUAGUUUAGUCCUUUCUAAAAUGUCUCAGUGUUUUUGUUUUUAACUAAAGUUUUGCUUGGGAAUGUUAAUAGAUGAUUUAUCACCAUUGAAUAAAACUCUACUGGACAGACCUUGGAGAGAUGUCUCAGCCAUUAAGAGGAUAACUGCUCUUAUAGAGAACCAGAGUUCAAUUCCUAGCACUCAUAUUAGGUGACUUACAACUCCAACUUCAGGGAACUCUUUUUCUUUUUUUUUUUUUGUUUUUUGUUCUUUUUUUCGGAGCUGGGGACCGAACCCAGGGCCUUGCGCUUCCUAGGUAAGCGCUCUACCACUGAGCUAAAUCCCCAGCCCCUCUUUUUUUUUUUUUAAGAUUUAUUUAUUCUACAUAAGUGCAUUUGCUGUCUUCAGACACUCCAGAAGAGGCAUCAGAUCUCAUUACAGAAGGUUGUGAGCCACCAUGUGGUUGCUGGGAAUUGAACUCAGGACUUGUGGAAGAGCAGUCAGUGCUCUUAACCACUGAGACAUCUCUCCUUCAGGGACCUUUUAAUGCCUCCAUGGGUACCUGCACAUACCCCCCACACAUAAAGAUAAUUAAAAAUAAAAAUCUUGAACCAUAUUAAACUAUUACUAAAUUUGCUUCUAGAUCUAUAAACCAUCUUGAAGACAAAAAUAUGUUUGGAUUCACCUUAACCAAAUCUUACAUUUAUAUAGUGUCCUAUCAUUUUUAUAGCAUAUUUGUAAAUGCAUUAAUUCUUUUAGCAUCACUCAGAUGCUGUAGAGAAGGUUGGGCAGCUGACAUUGCCCUCAUUUACUGAUGACACAGUGCUAGGUAAGGUCAGGUGAUUUGCCCAAGGGAUGAAGCUAAGUCUGGAACCCAAUGCCCUUUCAUCUAUACUAUGGUAAUAAGUAGUGUAGCAGUGGGUAAAUAGUAUGGGUUUUAGAGUCAAGACUCUUGGCUCUCUGCCACUUAACAGCUCUGUAACCUUGGGCACAUUUCUCAUGGUACAAGCCUCGAUUGGAUUGUUGAGAAAGUGGGGUUGCUCCUCUCUACACCAUAUUAGCAUUAUUGUGAGGAGUGAGUUGAUGUGACAUUUGGCCUAGUGUGGAGUAAUAUAAGAUUUUAUAUACUUUGGAAGGGAUAGCAUAUGGUAGAUGAGAUUCUCUUGCUAUUCUGGGUGCUAUUCAUUUUGUAAUCCCUCUUCCAGGCUUUGUCCUCACUCCCAUUCCCAGAAUGUCUGUAAGAAAGCUGACAGGGCUCCGCAAGAGUACAGUUCAGAGAGGAAUCAUUUCUGUUCAUUUUUUUCUCUUAUUUGCCAAAUGGAUUAACUUCCAUUUUUCUGGCAUAGAUAGUAAUAAGUAAGUUGAUCUAGUUACAUUAAUUUAACUAUUGCCAAGGUUAUAUUUAAAAAAUUAUUUUUAAUUAUGUCUAUGUAUAGGGCUAUGUGAGUGUCAGUGCUUGUGGAGGCCAGAAGAGGGCAUUGAAUUCCCUGGAGCUGAAGUGCCACCACAUCCAGCUUCCUGUACAUUUCUUAAUUUUUCUUCAGAGCUGGGUAGCAUUCCAUUUUUAAAAUAUUCAUUUUCCAUUUCCAAAAUUUCAUUAUCUAUUCAUCUGUUGAUUGACAACUAAAUUGAUUCCAAGUCUUUGCUGCAGUGAAUAAAGCAGUAAUAAACAUAUACAAGUAAUCUUCAAAUUGAUUUCCACAAUGGCUGUAUUAAUUUUUACCCCACAAAAUUUAACAUCUACUCACAGUUGACCUGGAUGUGAUGGCAGAGACAGGCAGAUCUCUGAAUUGGAGGCGAGCCUGGUCUACAUAGAGAGUUCCAGGAUAGCCAGGGUUUCAUAGUGAGACCCUGUCUCAAAACAAAACAAAAUAAAUUUGGACCACAUUUUUAUGAUUCCUAGUUGAAGUACUGUUUCCACUUGCAACUAAUUAAACUAUUAGUUGUGAAAAAGGUACAUAAAAUAAUCAGUGUAUCCUACAUUGUCAAAAAUCUUUUUAUUAGAAUUUAUUGUCUUGAGUGUUGAUUUCUAUAUUGUAUUUCCAAAGUGUCUAAAGAAUGGUCUUUAUUAUCCCUUCUGUGAAUAAUAACUAUUUAUAACACUCAUACAUUUUUACCUAUCUAAUAGAAAGUCAAAGGAGAAAGGAGAGAAAGAUAGAGCAGUAGUUUAGAAACACCUUUUCUUUUUCUGUGCCAUACCAUGCCAACCUCUCCAUAGGGUCCCAUACUAGCCUAGGCUGUCUGAAAACUCAGGAUGUAUGUAACCUUGUUAGCCUUAAUCUUGUGGCAGUCCUGCUCCGCUGCUCUGGCUUCCCAAAUUCUGGGAUUAUAGGCUUGAGUGACUACAUACCAUUAACAAGCACAUUUCUCUAAAGAUUGUUUGGAUAGAAGUGUGGGCCUUGUUAAAAGUGAGAAUAUAUGCUAAAAAAUCUUUGUGUGUGUGUGUGUGUGUGUGUGUGUGUGUGUGUGUGUGUGUGUGUAUACAUACACGUGUGUGUAUAAGUAGUUUUGCCAUGACACAACGUGGAUGUCACAAGACAGCUUGCAGAGUUGGUUGUCCAUUUUUAUUAGAUUCCAGGUAUCAGACUCAGAUUGCUAGGCUUUGAGGCAAGUGCCUAUAUAUCUCCUGGACCAUCUCACAAAGCCGCAGGUAAUGCUUUUGGUAAAAUAUCCUUUAUUUAAAUAUUAUAUUUUUCUUUUUUUUUUUCCGGAGCUGGGGACAGAACCCAGGGCCUUGCGCUUGCUAGGCAAGCACUCUACCACUGAGCUAAAUCCCCAACCCCUAAAUAUUAUAUUUUUUAGAGUUAUUUAUAUUGUUUUGGUGAGGGUUCAGACAAGGACUCACUGUGUAAUCUGGCCUCUAAUUUACAUAGAUCCAUUUGCCUUUGAUCCUCUAGUGCUGGAUCAAAGUGUGUACCACCAUACCCAUCUUUAUUCAUUCAUCUAUUUUUUUAAGAUUUCUUAUUUAUUUUAUUUAUGAGUACACUGUAGCCAUCUUCAGACACACUGGAAGAGGGCAUCAAAUCCCAUUACAGAUGAUUGUGAGCCACCAUGUGGUUGCUGGGAAUUAAACUCAGGACUGCUGAGCCAUCUCUCCAGCCCCCUCAUCUGUUUAUUUUAUAUGUUAGUGUUUUGCCUUUAUGUAUGUGUGCACUCAUGUAUGUGUGGGACAGAAGAGGACAUUAGGCCCCUGCAAAUGGAGUUAAUGUUUAUGAGCUGCCUUAUGGCUCGAUAGCCAUUGUCUAUAUUCUAUGGAUCUUGGAGUUUUCCCCAUUGCUCUUUUUUUUUUUUUUUUUUUUGAGAUAGUCCUAGGUAUAGCAGAAGAUAACCUUGAACUUCUGGUCUUCCUAUAUUCAUCUUCCAACUGUUGAAAUUUCAAGUUACUAUGCCUGGCACUUGUGCUCUCUUAACACAUUUCUUGAGGAUAAUGAAGGUUAAAAAUAAAAAAUUAAUGAAAAGACAAGAGAAGGAAAGAAAAGAAGUGAAAGAGAGAGAUACAUUGUUUCUCCUUUUUAGUUUGGAAAAGCAGCUGCUUUUUAUUUUGAAGGAAGAUCAUUUGAGCUUAGCCAUUUCGCAAAUUGAUACCAACCUUUAUAACACUGCAAGACUGUCAAGAGAAGACAAAGUGGGAAACUGAAGGAGUGUAACUUCUAGAUUACAAGACUGCCUCUCACAUCAGCGCUCCUUGGCUCAUGCUAAAGAAGCUGGCUAUCAUGUUUUUAAGAGGCUGAUGGAAAGACCUAUAUGGCAAACAACCAAGGAAGGUCUUGGGCCAACUGCUCAAGAGGAACUGAGGCCUCAAUCCAACAGCCCAUAUGCAAUUGAACCCUGGCAACAGCUGUAAGAGUAAACUAGGAAAUGAAUCCUUCCCAGUCAAAGCUUCAGAUAAUUUCAGCCUAUAGGACCCUGUAAAGGACCCAGUCAAGUCACACCCAGAUUGCCAAACCAUGGUAAUUGAGAUCAUAAAUAAUUUAAGCUACUAAAGUUUUGUCGUAGUUGGCACAAAAUCAGUUUUCCUUUUAAAUAAAUUAAACUUUAAUUUUAAUUUUUCUGGCAUAAUUUAUAAUAUGGUAAAUAAUAGGUAUAGCCCAUGGCAACAAAAGUGUCUUGGUAUUCUUAGUCACCACUGCCCACCCCAACCCCCCAGUGCUGGGAUUAAAGGUAUGCCACACAAUGCCUGACUCUGUUUUUAAUGGUUUUUAAUUUACACUGAUGUAUUCAUCUUGUACUGGAUGUUUUUAGUUAUUUAUUUAUUUUUCAUAUUUGAUUAACCUUGGAGAGCUAAUUCUUUUGGCAAGUGUAUUCAAAUUAUUUCAAAGACUUUUUGUUGUUGGUGGUUUUUCAAGACAGGGUUUCUUUGUGCAGCCUUGGCUGUCCUGGAACUCCUAGAGAUCUGCCUGCCUCUGCCUCCUAAGUCCUGGGCUAAAGGUGUGUGCUACCAUUGCCUGGCUUUCUUCCUUUUUUAGAAAAAUUGUGUAUGUAUUUGUUGUGUAUUGCAUGUGAGUAUGUGUUUUGUGUAUUUGGUACAUGUGUAUUGUGUGUGUUUGACCUUUUUUUAAAAGAUUUAUUUAUUUAAUGUAUUGAGUACACUGUAGCUGUCUUCAGACACACCAGAAGAGGGCAUCGGAUUUCAUUUACAGAUGGUUGUGAGUCACCAUGUGGUUGCUGGGAAUUGAACUCAUGACCUCUGGAAGAGCAGACAGUGCUCUUAACCUCUGAGCCAUCUCUCCAGCCCCCAGCCCUCUUUUUCAAAGAGAAUUUAAAAUAAUUUUUAUGUUAGUGGGUUGUGUGGGUGUAUGUGUAGGAGUGAGUGUGAUUGAUAUAGAGGUCAGAGGACAGCUUAGAAGAAUCCAUUUUCUUCCACUAUGGGUGAUCCAGGGAUCAUCAAAAUCAAGUUGUUAGGCUUGGCAUCAAUGCCUUUACCCACAGAGCUAUCUCACUGGCUCUCAAAUCUUAUUUAGAAUAGUGACAUUCUUUUUUUUUUUUUUUUUUUUUAGUAUUUUUUUAGAAUUAUUUAUUUUAUGUAUAUGAGUACACUGUAGCUGUCUUCAGACACACCAGAAGAGGGCAUCGGAUCCCAUUACAGAUGGUUGUGAGCCACCAUGUGGUUGCUGGGAUUUGAACUCAGGACCUCUGGAAGAGCAGUCAGUGCUCUUAACCUCUGAGCCAUCUCUCCAGCCCCCGAAUAGUGACAUUCUUUUUGUCGUGUAUGGAUUGUCAUUAUUUAUUUAGCUAUGUUUUAGAUUGUUUCCAGAUUUUGCAUGGUACAAAGUAGUGGUUUGGUGAAUAUCCUUUUGGAUUCCAGUGAAAAUAUCUGUAUCUGCUUGUAAAUCAAGCAGAAUUGCUAGGUGAAAGCGGAUAUGUAUUCAGAUGUUGGUAGAGAUUGUUUACCUCUACAAACCUCAGAAAUACUAAUUUAGAUAUUUUGACAGUUUAUUGAUUGUCCUAUUUGGGCACAUUGGGAUUUGUUUUAUUUUUUUUUAAUCUUUAAAAUUUGGUAGGUAUUAGCUGGGUGUGGUAUAGCAUACCUUUAAUCCCAGAGGGAGGGGGUUGGGGAUUUAGCUCAGUUGUAGAGUGCUUGCCUAGCAAGCGCAAGGCCCUGGGUCCUCAGCUCAAAAAAAAAAAAAAAAAAAAAUCCCAGAGGGAGGCCGACCUUUGAGUUUGAGGCAAUCCUUGUCUAUAGAGUGAGUUCCAGGAUAGCCAGAACUACACAGAGAAACCUUCUAUCUCAAAAAACAAACAAAUAUUGGUAGGUAAAAGUCAAUACCUUACUUUAAUUAGAAUUUAAAUUUAAAGAUCAAUUUAUUAUUGUUUAUGCAUGUAUGAAUGUCGUGCAUGUGUGGGAAUCACGAGAAUUUCUGGAAGUUGGCUGUCUCCUUCAUGGGUUCAAAGAAUUGAACUCAGGUUAUUAGGCUUAUGCAGCAAGUUCUUUUAUCCACUGAUAGAUCUUGCAGGCCCAUUCAUUGGCAUUUAAAUAUAUGUUUAUCAUUUUAUAUGUGUGUGUGUGUGUGUAUACACACCUACGUGAGUUUGUGUGCCUUCUGCUUGUGGGAGCAGUUGGAGGCGAGAAGACAAUUGUUCUAGAGUUACAGGCAGUUGUGAGCUGCCCUGUGGGGGCUGGCAACUUCACCCAGGUCUUCUGAAAGAACAAGUGCUCCUAACCGUUGAACCAUCUCUCCAACCCGCCUGACAUUUUAUUCAUAAUUCUUUUAUUAUGAGCAAGGUUGAAAUGUUUUUCUCUAUUGGACAUUUUUAGUUUUUUAGUUGUGAUAUACCUAUUCACAAGCCCUUGAAAACUAGGGCUUUCUGUGGCUUUUGGGUUAGUCUCAAGUUUUCAGUUACCAUUUCGUGACUUGACUGUACAUCCCUCCUCUCCGGGGUUGUUUGUGGUUGACACUUUUGAUGAUUCAGUUUUGCUUUACCUGCAGGUGUGUGAACACCACUUUGUCUCCCUCACUCCCUCCCACUCCCUCCUAAUAUGGUUUAGGCUAUGUCCUAAAUCAUUUGUUUCCUUUACCAAUUUUAAGUGACUCCAGUUUUAAUAUUUGUGUGGUUUAUACUUAAACAUUGUGCAAUAUAAUUAGGAACUCUCAGAUAAGUAUUUCAUGAGUAAAAUAUAAAUUAAAUAUCACCAGUCAUUUUAUAUUUUGAGAGGAAUAAUUUUUUAAAAUUUAUUUUGUGUUCAGAAGUUGACAUCAAAUAAUAUCUGUGAUAUUCUUCUAUCUAUCUAUCUAUCUAUCUAUCUAUCUAUCUAUCUAUCUAUCUAUCUAUCUAUCCUCUUUAUGUAGCCCUGCCUGUCCUAGAACUCACUUUGUAGACCAGGCUAGUCUCAAACCCCCAGUGUUGGGAUUAAAGGUAUUUGAUAUUAUGCCUCACUGGAACCUUAAUUUUUGAGACAGGUCUCUCAUUGAAUCUGGAGCUCAUCAAUUCAACUAAGCCAUCUGGCCAGUGAGGUCUUAAAGGUCUGCUUUUUUCUCUCCUCCCACCCCUGAUCUCUAGUGUCCAUCCCUGUUCCUAUUGAAUGUGGGUGCCAGGAAUCUGAACACAGGUCCUCCUAUUCAUGCAGCAGAUAUCUUACUGACUGAAUCACCUCCCUACUUCCUAAUGUGUUGUCUUGUGAAGAAUAUAGGUAUAAUCUGGGUGUCGUGUGCAUUAUAAUCCCAACACUUUGAAACCUGAGGCAAAGAGGGUUAUAAUAAAUUUAAGGUCACCUGGUAUAUAUAGUGUAUCCUUGUCUCAAAAGACAAAAACUGACAAAAUAAGCAAAAAAUUGGCAUAAAAAUUAUACAGAUAUAUACACCAAAAUUUAAUAAAUACUAGUACAUAGUAGCUAUCAUUUGAUGUGUUAAAAGUAAAAGCCAUUUCAUUUUGUUGUUCUGUUCUAACACAGAAAAACCUGGAAUUGUUAAAGCAUCGAUGCUGGGUUUGGUGGUGUACCCCCGUAAAACCCUGUGUUUAAGAAGCAGAGACACAUUGAUCUCUGUGAGCUCAAGGCCACAGAGGGCCACAUAGUAAGAACCUGCCCCACAAAAGGAGACACUUAGUUGGAUUUUACACUUUCUAAAAUAUUUGAGUGGGGUGGGCUUUUUUCUGGGAGGGGGAAGGGAUAGUGGUGCAUUUUGUUUGGUCUCUGGAAACUAGAUAUGCAUGUAGAGGGCGUUGGAUCCAGUCCCUAGAACUGGAGUUAGACAGUUGUGGGUUCUGAGAAUGGAACCUGGGUCCUAGGGAAGAGCAGCCAGUGCUCUUAACUGCUAGGCCAUCUCUCCAGAUCCCUAAUUUUUUUUAAAGACAAGUGUCCUGGUAUACAGCUGAGUAGCUUGGAAUUAAUUAACUUUGUAGUCCAGUCUAGGCUACUCAGAUUCAAAGUGAUCUUGUUUCCCUCAGCUUCCUGGGUGCUAGGAUGGUAGGCAUAAACUACCAUGCCUAGGAGCUUUGUUUUUAACAUUUAUUUUUAACAUUUUCAUUUAUUUUUUAAUUUUUUUUAUUUCUCAUGUGUCCAUGUGUGUGAAUAUCCAUAUGCCAUAACACACAAGUGGAAGUCAGAGAACAACUUAGGAGAAUUGGUUCUUUCUUUUACCAUGUGGAUUCUGGAGAUUGAACCCAGGUUGUCACUUGGAAACAAACACCUUUACUUAAUCUUUUUUUUAAAAAUAUUUAUUUAUUAUAUAUAAGUACAUUAUAGUUGUCAUCACUCACACACACACACACACACACACACACACACACACACACCAGAAGAGGGCAUCAGAUCUCAUUACAGAUGGUUGUGAGCCACCAUGUGGUUGCUGGGAUUUGAACUCAGGACCUCUGGAAGAGCAGUCAGUGCUCUUAACCACUGAGCCAUCUCUCCAGCCCAAUCUUUUUUUUUAAAGAUUUAUUUAUUUAUUAUAUAUAUAAGUACACUGUAGCUGUCUUCUGAUACACCAGAGCUGUCUUCUGAUACACCAGAAGAGGGCAUUGAAUCUCUUUACAGGUGGUUGUGAGCCACCAUGUGGUUGCUGGGAAUUGAACUCAUGACCUCUGGAAAAGCAGUUGGGUGCUCUUAACCACUGAGCCAUCUCUCCAGCCCCCCUUUACUUAAUCUUAACCUUACGUAGCUGAUUGGUCUUAAAUAUUUAAAGUUGAUCUGCCUAAGCCUCCCAAAUGGUUCAGUGCAGAUGUCCACUAUAAUGCUGUGCAGAAAUAACCAUUUUAAAAAUAAUUUCCUUUCAACAUUUUAUUGUGCUUAUAUAUAUUUAUAUAUGAACAUCCAUAUAUAAUGUGUAUAAAAUAUAAGACAUACUCUUUUGUGUUUUUAUUUUAUAAGAUUUAUGUAUAUGAGUACACUGUAGCUGUCUUCAGACACACCAGAAGAGGGCAUCAGAUCCCAUUACAGAUGAUUGUGAGCCACCAUAUGGUUGCUGGGAAUUGAACUCAGGACCUCUGGAAGAGCAGUCAGUGCUCUUAACACCUCUCCUGCCCCUUGUGAUUUUUUUUUUAAUCUUGGUAUUAGGAUUUGAACCCAAGUCCUUGCACAUAGUAAACCAAGUGUACUACCACCAAGCUAUAUCAUGCCCAUCAUUUGUCUUUUAAGUAUUAUUUUCAGAUCAUCUCCAUUAUUUUUGAUUUUUGUUGUUUGAGUCAAGUUCUCAUUGUAUGUCUUCUAAGUGCUGAGAUUACAGCUCUGUGCCACCAUGUUCAGUUUCUCUUUAUUACUAAGUAGACUAUGCUAAGACAGCUAGGACACAGUACAAAGAUGUUUGUUUAGAAGUAGAUAGAGGAUAAUUACAAAGUAGUCAGUUGUUGAGGUUACAAGCAUGGACUGAGAAACUUAAAUUGCUAGGGUUCAAAUCUUUGACCUGCAAUAUACAGUGACUUUUGGCCAUCCACUUUGCCAGGCCACUGUUUGUUUAUCUGUGUAAGAAGUGAUCAAACUUUCGUCCUGACCUUGUGUAGACGAAGUUGGUUACUAGGAGGUGCUUACCACGGUCCACGGUUGUAGUAUUCACUAUGUUAGCUGCUAUAGCUCUAGGCCACAUGGAAGAAAACACCUAGAAUGCCCAGGAGACAGGAAGAAAGCAAGUUCCUUUUAUGUUUUAUUUUAAAUAUGGGGUCUUAUGUAUCUAAGUUGACCUCGAACUCCUGAUCUUCCUGUUUUCAACUCCCAAGUGGCAGGCAUGUAUGGACCUUCAUGCGAAGUUUAAAACAGUCCCAGGAACCUAACCCAGGACUUCCUACAAACUUAGCUACAACCCCAGCCUCUGAAGUAAGAAAAUUCAUUGACUACAUGAUCCAGAAUACUCUUGAAAAAUAAGAAGGACUAGAAAAUCAUUCACUUGUUGGCAUAAAAAUUUGUUUCCUAUUUAAUGGUCUAGUAUAGAAGCUGAAGAACACUGGUAAGUAGAAAAUGCACUUGCUAGUUCAGUAACAUGUGUUGAUUUCAACCUUAGUGGAACUAGGCUUAUUCAAAACCAGAAAGUAAGUUGUCUUCCAUUAGCAAAUAGGAAAAAAACCACCACAAUACUAUUGCAUCUAAAUUAGUUACUAGGAGACAAGGGAGAGAUAAUCCUGCCUUGUUUAAAACAAUAAUAGUGGCACAUCUUUGAUAUCACAGGAAUUUAGAGAUAGAAGUAGCUACAAAUAUUAAAAAAUCACUGGGCAGUGGUAGCGUAGCACUCAGGUGGCAGAGGCAGGGGAUCUCUGAGUUUGAGACCAACCUGGUCUACAGAGUAAGUGUCUUUUUCUUUUUUUCUUUUUUUUCUUUUUUUUCUUUUUUUUCUUUUUUUUUUAGUAUAGAAUAGAGUUUAUUUGGGGGCUUAGAAAGGGGAACUGAGAAGGUCGUAGAAGCAGAGAAAGAAAGGAGACAGAAAGAGAAGAGGCCGGCAGGAAUACAUGGAGAGAGAGGGGGGAAUGGGAGAGGGAGAAAGGGACCCCAUUCUUUAAUUUAAAUAAUUUAAAUGCCCAUUAAUUGGCAAAUGGAUUAAUAAAAUGUGGUUUGUGUCUGCAGUAAAGUAGUGCUCAGCCCGCAUAAAGGAAAUACUAAUAGGUGCUGCAGCUUGGAAUACGCACAUGUUAAAUGAAAGAAGUCAGAAAGGACUGUGGACUUGGACUCCACUUACAGAAAAUGUCCAGAAUAGACUAUAUAAAUAGAGAAAGUGUAGGAAAGAGGAUUGAUUACCUAGGCUUGGGGUUAGUGGGGAAGGUAAAAGACUGAUAACUAAAAAGUAUAAGGGAUUUGUUGUUACUUUUGCUGCUGCUGCUGCUGCUGCUGCUGUUUGUUUGCUUUCCGUCUUUUUUUGAGGAAGUAUUUCUUGUAGUUCAGGGUGGCCUUGAACUCCUGACCUUCUACUUCCAUUUUCCUUAUACUGGGAUUAUACAUUUGUGCUACCACACUGGGCUCAAUGUCUCUAAAAGUCCAUCUUCGCUACAGAUUGAAAAGGAAUAACACCACAACGUGUUUAUAAAGACACUUUGAAUUGUCUUCAUAUUUUCCUAAGUGCUGUUCUCAAAGGUGCUCAAGCCUCUACUCAGUUGGGAUUGCUGGGGGGAGGAGGAGGAGGAGAGAGAGGACAUGGCAAAAACAAAGGGGCUUCUCAGAGCAAGCUUCUGACUCAAGGCCAUAGCUAGCCUCAGGUGGAGUCAGGAUCAGAGGGAGUACAGUAAUGGGAAGGCAGGACUCCCAACAGAAUUGCAGAGGACCUAGGUUUGGUUCCCAGUACCACACGACAGCUCACAACCAUCUGGUUUGAUAUUCUCUUACAACUUGUCAUGGGACUCUGCCAGCUCAGCUUGUUCCACUGUUCAUCUCCCUCAGUAGUCAGCAACAUACAAGCCACCUCUCCAUACUUCAUAGUUGGCUCCCCUGCAGUGGGCUUACUAUUUUGGGCUAGAUUUUGUGAAGUUCCAUUGUCUUAUGGUUUCAUGGCUGUGAAGAGACACCACAACUGAGGCUGGCUUACAAUUUCAGGGGUUCAGUCCAUUAUUGUCAGGGUGGGAAGCAUGGCAGACUGCAGGAAGGCAUAAUACUGGAGAAGCCAAGAGUUCUCUACAUCUUGACAUACAGACAGCAGGAGAAGACUGUGCUACGCAAUAGUGACACAUAUUCUUCAACAAGACCACACCUACUCCAACCAGGCUCUACCUCCUAAGAGUGCCACCCUGUGGCUGAGCAUUUAAACAUGUGAGUGUAAGAAGGCCAUACCUAUUCAAACCACCAUACCAUGGGACCUUGACCUAGUGCUCCAUCUCAGCCAUGGUGCACACCAGCUGCUCCUUACACUUAGGUACCUGCUUCUUUCAGCAUUAUAGCUGCUUUUCAUAGGAACGGAUUUUUAAUUUCCUUAGGGAAAAAGAUUUGUUUCUUAUAACUCUUUAAGUAAGCUGGUUAUGGUGACACAUGCCUUUAAUCCCCAAACUCAGGUGACAAAUGCAGGGAGAUCUCUGAGUUCAAGAUCACCUGGUAUAUGUAGUGAGUUCCAGGACAGUCAGGCUACAUAAUGAGACCCUGACUCAAUAAAACAAAACCAAAUAAGUAGUUUGUAGUGUGUGUGUGUGGGGGGGGGGGAUGUGUGAGAAUGAGAGAUAGAGAGAGCGAGAGUGCACAUACCUAUAGAAACCAGAAGAAGGUACAGAUCCUCUGUAGGUGGAGUAGCAGGUAGUUGUGAACUAUCUGCCAUGGGUUCUAGAGGCAGAACUCAGGUCAUUUGAAAGAGCAGCACAUACUCAAUAAUUGUUGAGCCAUAUCUCUAGCUCCUCGUUGUAAAACUCCUCUCAUCCCCAAACAGGAUCUCAUCUCAUUACAUAGUCCUCCAGAGUGCUGGGAUUAAAGGGGAGUACUACCACACCUAGCAUACUUGUGCAACUUUUAACAAACUUUGAAGUUCAGAAAAGUACAAAAAUUAUGAACACUUGGACUUGAUAAAUUUUUUUCUGUUGCUAUGUUUAUUGGAUAGUUUAUGUAUUUACAUUUCAAAUAUCCCCUUCCCUGGUUCCCCCCUCUCCCAUCCCCUUCUUCCCCUGCUUCUCUGAGGAUGCUCCCCCACCCACUCCUACCUCAAUACCCUGGCUUUCCCCUGCACUGGAGAAAAGAGCUUUCACAGGACCAAGGCCCUCUCCUCCCAUUGAUGCCAGACAAUGCCAUCCUCUGCUACAUAUGUGGCUGGAUCCAUGGGUCCCCAAAUGUGUACUCAUUGGUUGGUGGUUUAGUCUCUGGGAGCUCUGGGAUGUCUGGUUGGUUGAUAUAGUUGUUCUUCCUACUCCCUCAGUCCUUUCUCUAACUCUUCCAUUACUGUCUCCAGUCUCAGUCCUAUGGUUAGCUGCAAGCAUCUUAAUCUGUAUCAGUAAGGCUCUGACAGAGCCUCUCAGGAAGGCUUUCGUCCAUAUCAGGUUCUUGUCAGCAAGCACUUCUUGGCAUCAGUGACUGGGUUUGGUGGCUGCAUAUUGGAUGGAUCCCCAGGUAGGGCAGUCUCUGGAUGGCCUUUCCUUCAGUCCCAGCUUCAUUCUUCGUCCCUGUAUUUCCUACUGUGAGUAUUUUGUUCCCCCUUCUAAGAAGGGCUGAUGCAUCCACAUUUUUAGGAAGUGAACAUCUGUGCUAUCCCAUCUAUGUCAACAAAUAUUACCAAAAAUCUAGGAAGCUCAUCCAAUGGCUUAUUUCUAGUAAUAUCUAUUCACCUAGCUUCUUUUUAUGUAUAAAUUGCUCCCUUCAGUAAGUAUUCUUUGAAGCCUUCCUCUUGACGUUAAGUCUCUGGAAGCCAUGCUUCCACAUAUGUGUUUGCAUUGUGUUCAUUUUCAUGGCUCAGUGCUCUGAACAUACUGCAAUUGAUAAUUCUUCUAUUCAGUUGAUUUAGUUUUAGGACCACUCCAAGUAGUGCUGCUUUAAACAUAUUUUGGCCUUUCAGUGCACCUAUGUUCACACUUGGGCGAAAUCCUAGGAGUGGAAUUAAGUGGGUUAGAAGCUAUCCAUAUUGCCAAAGAAUUGCAGUGCCAAUUUGUUCUCCAGAGAACAUUGUCACUGGCCUGCAAUUCCAACACUUGGGGCGUUGUAUCUGGAAGACUAGGAGUUCAAGGCCUUUUUGGAGAUAUAGUCCAUGCUAGGCCAGCUUGAGUUACACAUGACCCUGUCUUAAGAGGAAAACAGCACCAUAAAAGCACAGAAAUUGAUUUAUAUCAAUCGUAGAUCAUACAAGAUAAGUAGUAGUGACCUUAAUGUCUUCAUUCCUGUCUACACCGACCCUUCAAUUUUUAGUUCUUCAGUUUGGAUAUGCUACAAUUUGAAAUACAUUUUAUUUUAUUUUAAUUGUGUGUGUGUGUGUGUGUGUGUGUGUGUGUGUGUGUGUAUAGGUAUGUACAUGUAAGGGCGCUGCCUCUGAGCUAUGCAUAACAUGACCCUGCCUUGAAUAAAGAUAUGAUAAAAGAAUAUAAGGUAAAAACAAUGAUUGAAGGGAGAAGAAAAGCAGAGUAAAUUCCCUUUUGGUUUGUUUUUUAUGGAUGCUUCCAUAUUAGUGAUAGAGCCAUUUAACAUACCUGUCUCAAUUCCUAGGGUAUAAAUGAUAGAAGUUCAUUAUUUAUCCACCUAAUGUUCCAGUGUGUGUUUUUUUGCAGGGAGAAUGGCUUUCCUGUAUGUGCAUGGAAUUUGAGCUAGGCCGCUUGUGUCCUCUGACCCCGCCAUCUUACAGCACCUUGGUGACCUCGUAUUUAACCAGAGUGGGGAAGAGAUGGAGGACCAAGACCAUGUCCUUCUAAGAAUAAAAAUCUGAUUGCUAAAGUGACACUCACAGCCUGGACUAACAUGGAGGUCAACAGACUGGGGGAUAUAUAAGUGGCAGCCUGGAUGCUGCCACAUGUCCCUCAGUUCCUACUGCACUAGAUACUUUGGGAGAUAGUUUUUGGUGGAUAGCCACCUAGUGAGCUAGCUGCACUGUCCUGUCAUCUUUAAGAUAACAGGAUAGUUAGCAUUUUGCACCUCGGGACAGUGCACUGUUUAAAAGACAUUAAUUAUGUUUAAAUCAUGAAUUUUAUGGGGAAUAAGUUUAGAUUUAUUACUAACUGGCAUUCUUGCCUCCUUUGGUAGUGCAUGUAUAUUUAGGCUUAGUUUUAGCUUUAGCUGUUGGCAGUGCUAUGGAUGAGACCCAAGGGCUCUUGAAGCAAAGCACUGCUACCUCAGAGUAUGCCCAGCUGCUUUUCUUUAAUAGCCUCAUGUUUAACAGUUUAGAUCAUGUCUCAGUGAAACUCAAACGCUCCCUUAUUUACAUGGAAAACGCAAACCACUGAGUAGAAGAACCAUUAAGCUAUGGCAUGCCAUUGAUUAUAAAUAUUGAUUCCAGUCAAUUUAACUCUUUCCAUCUUUCUCCUCUUUCCUCCAGUUUGAAAUUGGUACAAUGGAAGAAGCUAGAAUUUGUGAGUUAGGAGUAAAAGCAGACAUGGUAUGUAAGUCUCAAGCAAAUGAUAUUCUUCAGCAUCAAGACUCCAGUUGUGGUGGUACAACUAAGAAGCAUUCACUGGAAGGGGAUGAAGGCAGUGACUUUGUAACGAACACCAGAAAUUUGGUGAGCUCAGUAUUCUGUACCCAGGAGACAAGAGAAGAAAUUCCUGGACGAGAAGCUCGAACAGGUCCUCCUGAUGGCCAGCAAGAUUCAGAGUGCAGCAGGAACAAAGAGAAGACCUUAGGAAAAGAAGUUUUAUUACUGAUGCAAGCGCUAAACACCCUUUCAACCCCAGAGGAAAAGCUGGCGGCUCUGUGUAAGAAAUAUGCUGAUCUCCUGGAAGAAAGCAGGAAUGUUCAGAAACAAAUGAAGAUUCUUCAGAAGAAGCAAGCCCAGAUCGUGAAAGAGAAAGUUCACCUUCAAAGUGAACACAGCAAGGCCAUCUUGGCAAGAAGCAAACUGGAGUCUCUUUGCAGGGAACUUCAACGUCAUAAUAAGACCUUAAAGGAGGAAAAUAUGCAGCAGGCACGAGAGGAGGAAGAACGGCGGAAGGAAGCAACAGCACAUUUCCAGAUAACUCUCAAUGAAAUCCAAGCUCAGUUGGAACAACAUGACAUACACAAUGCCAAACUGCGACAGGAGAACAUUGAACUGGGAGAGAAGCUGAAGAAACUUAUUGAGCAGUAUGCGCUAAGGGAAGAGCAUAUUGAUAAAGUAUUCAAACACAAGGAAUUGCAACAACAGCUUGUGGAUGCCAAACUUCAGCAAACAACCCAGCUGAUAAAAGAAGCUGAUGAAAAACAUCAGAGAGAGAGAGAGUUUUUAUUAAAAGAAGCAACAGAAUCCAGGCACAAAUAUGAACAAAUGAAACAGCAAGAAGUACAACUAAAACAGCAGCUUUCUCUUUAUAUGGAUAAAUUUGAAGAAUUCCAGACUACUAUGGCAAAAAGCAAUGAACUUUUUACAACCUUCAGGCAGGAAAUGGAAAAGAUGACAAAGAAAAUUAAAAAACUGGAAAAAGAAACAAUAAUAUGGCGUACCAAAUGGGAAAACAAUAAUAAAGCACUUCUGCAGAUGGCCGAAGAGAAAACUGUCCGUGAUAAAGAGUACAAGGCCUUUCAAAUAAAACUGGAACGGUUAGAGAAGCUGUGCAGGGCUCUUCAGACAGAGAGAAAUGAGCUCAACGAGAAGGUCGAAGUCCUGAAAGAGCAGGUCUCUAUCAAAGCAGCAGAUGGGGACUUGGUGUCACCUACAACACAGCCCUGUGCUGUCCUGGAUUCCUUCAAAGAGAUGAACACUUCAAGAGCCCUGGGAAUGCCCUUGGAGGCUAGGGCCAAGACCAAGUCAGUGAGUGAGAGAAGUGCUGCACAAAAGCCCUCAUCUUCAGGUUCUGCUGCUCAAGGCAUUGAGUCAGUUGACUAGCGUGAAGUAUGACCACUGUAUUGAGAGAUAUAUUUUGUGUAUAACUUCCUCUGUUAGUAGUAACUAUUGGUUUUGUGGUGAAAAUUUUCUUACUUUUUCUACCAUAUCUGUAUUUUCUUAGAACUACUGGACUUAUGUGGUACAGGAGGCUGCUUAGCAGUUUGGAAUAGUUUUACUCUAUAAGUUUCCCUCAACUAUGUUGCACAUCUGCCUCAUUUUCCCCCUUUGGAGUGCAUGCCUUCAAUUCUUUGUUCUCUCUUCCUGCUCCCUGCACACAAUUUUCCUAACUAAAAUAACAUUUAAGACAACAGGAAUUAUAUUCUCUUCAUGGUUCUUCAAUGUAAAAACAAUUUAAAGUAUCCUGGCCCAUUAAUAUUAGUCAAAGGACAAUACCUUUAAUAACCCACUUAAAUACAGUGUAAUGGGGGAACUCAUCAGAAACAAGCUUAGCAUUUUUCAUUCAAGUCAGCUUUUCUUGAUUCACUUGACAAAAUGAAAUGACCACAUAACCUUGAAGUUCUGACAAAACAUAUAAAGAUGCUACUUAUAAACUAGUCCUAUUAUGCUGACUUCAGGAUAGAAUGUACAUGUCAAAUUUGGACUACCUGACUGUAGAGGAUGGUGGCUAAUUUUCCCACUUCCCACAAAAAAGAUUAUUUCUUGAGAACUUUUUCAUAAGAGCCCCUCCCCCAUAGAGAAUUUAAAUUAUAGAUCGGCACUAACAUUUAAUUUCCAAAGUUAAAACACUGGAACCAGCAUUGUUUUUUAAUCUUGGGAAAACUUGGCAGAUUGUUUACAUAGUCAAAAAGAUGUCUAGCUUUCUGGUCUAUUUCUUUGAAGCUGUACUUAAAACAACAAAAACCAGUAUUAUUGUUUCUACACUUUGAAUUGGGGAAUUUCAAAAUUGAGCAUGUAAGAAGUUUUAGUUGUGGCUCAGUCACGCAAAUUAGUAUAAUUUACAUGGAAAUGCUUUAAGUAAAAAUUUUAAAGGUUCAAGUUAUCCCAAUGCACCAAAUUCUACUGAGCAAAACUAUCAGACUGACACUUGCUAAGUUGGUUACUGCUAAAAAUUUUAUUUGUAAACGGUCACAUUUUAUGGUCAAAACUGGGUUCAAAGAAUUGAAAAAUGUUCAAAUGACAGAAAACAGAGUCCCUGGAGUAGGAAAUUUUUUUUUAUCAUUGAUCAUGUUAUUCAAUGGGUCACAAAAUGGAAGAAUAAAUUCAUAAAAUAAGUUGUAAUCUUACUGCUGUCAAAGUCAGAAACAAAAAAAUUCCUUUCAACAGCCUCUUUAUAAAUACCUUCCCCGCCUUCAGUUACUAAAUGAAAUACUGGACUCAUUUCCCACAAACGUGUAUUGAUAAUAUAAUCUACUUUGAAAUAAUUACUAACAAUCACAUUUCAUAAGUCUGCUGGAUACACAGCUCUUAACAUUUUAUUAAGCCAUGUGUGUAGCCUGCCACAUUUGUGGUGCUUGUCCUGUGUGGAAGACUGUAAUCUUCGACCUGUUGCAUAUUUUCAAGGGCUUUAUAAAGCAAUGUGAUUAACAGUCCUGGCCUGCUGCUUUUGGCUUACAUGCAUUUUUAGCUAGAUCUUCAGAGGAUAGGGAUUCUGUAUGAGAUACAUGCAGAAUCUCUCCUCCUAUUACCCUGUGAAUAAAAACAGAUGGGACCUCAGAGAAGGAUACCCUCCCCCUAAAUCGAUCACCUCACCAGCCCAGUGUUGUGGCUUUGUAGCACGCCCUCUAUCUACCGUAUUCUAGAACACUGUAAUGCUACUUUGCUGGCCCAGAAAAGAUUUAAAUGUUGAAUUCACUUACUGCAUAUGGUGCACUACCAUGCAAUCUUGAUGUAUAUUUUUAGUGGCAGUAGACCCCAAAAUGUAGCGACAAGUUGGGUCUUGGGUAUCAGGCCAUUUCAUCCUCAGACUUGUAGAAGUACAUUUUCUGGUCUUGAGACCUGUAUUUUUAGUUAUGUAUGCAACUGCCUUUAUUACACACCUGGUUAUCACAAUUCAAUUCUCAGGUGUUGCAGAAAAAAAAUCUACCUCUUUCAGACUGUAGAUGGAAAUAACUGUGAAAAAAUGAUGCAGAUAUCUUCUAGUUUGUGCUAAACACACUGCUUUAUUUUUACAGCCCACGUCUUUCAUGAGGAUAUGAAUUGUUAAGAGGCAGUCUUGUUUUGCUUUUCAAAGACAUUUUGUAGAGAUUUUUCACUAACGUGAAUCUGAUUUUAUCUACUCAAUUCUGUAGAGAUUAAGUAAAUAUGUAUGAUGAAUUUAA